AUGCGUAUUGCCAGAGCAAACUAUGCACAUAUGAACAGCUUCGUUUUUAAUGGUUUUUUGCGGUUUAUUAUUUUAGCAUUGGCAAUAGGUUUUGGUCAUUUUCAGGUCACAAAGGGAUUGUUUAGACAUGUUUGUGAAGCAAAAAGGAUAUUUCUUUACGUAUCUGUAGUAAUCUCUUCUGACUUGCUUGCUGAUCAAGUGUUUACUUUUAUGUUAUUUUUGUUAUUGCGGAAAAGAAGAAAGAGCAAAGUUAUAGGGUUUCCCUAUAUUUAUCUUGUUCAACCAAGUUACAAUUCUUUUUUGAAGCCUUUUUUUGGGUAG